AUCUUCUCAUCGAAAAUGAUCCAUUUCCGCCAAUUUCCCAUCAGUUGUAUCAUUUUCACAACCUCAAUAGCCGUACUCAUUCUCAUUCUUACCACGAAGCCAUGCGCAUCCGUGGCCACUUCAAACGACCACGACCAUGACGACAACGACGACCGGUACCUUAUUCCGGUGCCGUUAAUUAGUCCCAACCGGGCCGACCUACCGCGACCGAUCGUGACCCCUCUGGACCCCAGCCAGGUGCAACCGAAGCGCAUGAAGCUCAAGGUGUCGUCCAAACGACGCAAACAUCAGCACAACAAAGCAGCCAACAGAACCACCUCCUCUUCGACGGCCAUUAAAAACUCCCGACCAAAGCACAAACGGAAGCCAACGAUGCAAAAUGCACUGCAAUCAGCCGUGCGGAAGGGACUGGAAGCUAUGGUUGAGCUGUACGAUAAGCGAGAACCGGACAUGAUCAGGAGAGGAGCUGUUCUAGACCCGGAAGAUCCCGGUGCAUUGUUGUCGAAGUUCAGUUCCUCGGAUGAUUUGCCGGAAAAUAUAACCCGAUCUGCUUAUGCUGCACUGGUAGCUGCCAAACAGCUUAAAGACAGCACCAACGUCGAAUAUGUGGCCCUCGGACGACAAGUACCGCCGAAGAUCUCGCUCAAGCGGACCCCGCUGGAAGGGAUGUGUCCCUCGAGGGAACCUCCGCCGUGCGUUCCGGCCAGCCGACGCUACCGGACCCACGAUGGGACGUGCAACAACCGGAAGCGGCCGCGCUGGGGAUCGGCCCAGAUGCCGUUCCAUCGUUUCCUGGCCCCGGAGUACGCGGACGGUGUCGAAGGAAUAAGACGUUCCAUCGCCAACAACCUCCUACCGUCGGCUCGCUUCAUCAGCCUGGUCGUGCACGGAGCCCGCCAAGAAGAAGCCCCAGUCACCAUGAUGCUUGCCCUGUGGGGUCAACUGCUCGAUCACGAUCUCACCGCCACAGCUCAACCGCGCAGUCUUAACGGAUCUACUCCGCGUUGUUGCGGACGAAACGACGAAGGCCUCCAUCCGUCGUGCCUGCCCAUCAAAGUGCCACUGGAUGAUCCAUGGCUUUCGCCGCUGGGUGUCCGCUGUCUGGAGUUCCUCCGUUCAGCACCGGCCCAACGGCGUGAUUGCUUGCUGUCAUGGCGCGAACAAACCAAUCAGGUUACCUCCUACAUCGACGCCUCACCGAUCUACUCCAGCAAUCCACGGACCUCGGACAAUGCACGGAUCUUCCGCAACGGAAUGCUCCUAUUCGGACGGGGUCCUCCAAGUGAAGACGUUUGCUUCCGAGCUGCUCUCGCGAACCAAUGCAUCCGUCCCGGAGACGCCCGAAGCGGUGAACAGCCUGGACUACUGAUGCUUCACAUGAUCUGGGUUAACGAACAUAACCAAAUUGCCACUCAGCUCUCCGACAUCAAUCCACACUGGAGCGAUGAAAAGCUGUACCAGGAAGCCCGUCGAAUCGUUGGAGCCGUGUUCCAGCACAUCACCUUCCGGGAGUUCCUUCCUAUCAUAUUGGGCAAGGAGGUUUGUCACCUGUUCGACUUGGAUCUUGAAAACAGUGGGUUCUACAGGGGAUACGAUCCGAACGUAAAUCCAACGGUGGCGAACGAGUUCUCGGCAGCUGCGUUUCGAUUCGGGCAUUCGUUGAUUCAGGGAUCUUACAUGCGGGCAGAUAGGCAUCAUCGAUUCAUUGUUAAUAAUGUAACGCUCCACGAGGAAAGCGCUGAGGGGGAUCUUGGCGGACCGGGUUCGCUGCACCGACUGGUGCGAGGUAUGGUUAAUCAGCGUGCACUGAAGCGAGAUGAAUUCAUCACCGCGGAACUAACGAAUCAUCUAUUUCAGACAAGAAGUUUCCCAUUUGGAUUGGACUUGGCAGCGAUCAACAUACAGCGCGGUCGAGAUCACGGAAUUCAACCGUACAUCAACUGGCGAAUACCUUGCGGGUUAACUCCCAUCAAGGAUUGGGCGGAUCUGGAUCGCGUCAUGGGACCAGCAUCAGCCUUGCGGUUACGUAAAGCGUACCGCUCAGUUGACGAUAUAGAUCUGUUUGUUGGUGGUCUAGCCGAACGUCCAGUCGUGGGAGGUAUCGUAGGACCUACCUUUGCCUGUAUAAUUGCCCAACAGUUUGGUAAUCUUCGUAAAGGGGAUCGGUUCUGGUACGAAAACCCAGGUUUUGAGUCUUCUUUUACCCCAGCGCAGCUGGAAUCCAUCCGACAAGUUGCCUUCUCGCAAGUUCUUUGCCGGGCACUUGGAAGUGGUACCCUGCAACCUCAUGUAUUUCUACCAGCUGACACUGCACAAAACGAACGACUACCGUGUGACUCAAAACUGAUGGCACCAAUUGACCUAGAACCUUGGACGGAACGAGACCCAUUUACGAGACCAAAUGACGAUACGGAGCAAAGCGACAAUGACGUAAGUGCACCACAAUCCGUUUUCUCUACCACCACGACCAGGAAACCUACAAAAAACGCCAACAUCGUAAAUAAAGUAGACUUCACCCCCAACGGAAACACAGGACUACAGAUACCGUCCAACGGACAGAUCGUACUAAACUCUCCGAGACCAUCGACGACAGUCGUGAACAAUAAGCUAGACUUGACGCCGAACACGCCUCGACCGACUGCAUCGCAAACGACUCCACCCAGACCUAUUCCACAUAAAGACCCUAUCCCAACGCCAUCGACCGGAAUUGACAACAAACUGGACCUGACGGGUACGACUGCACCCCCGAAACGGAAACCUACCAGAAAAACAACACCGAAAAGACGACCGACUGUAUCGACAAAUGUGAUCAUCAACAACAUAGACUUCAGCCUGAAACGUGACUCUACCGAUAACGUAACCGACGACGAAGAACGUAAACACUCGUUGACAAAACGUGACCUAAACCUUUCAAAGUUGUUUACAAAAGAAGACAACGCAACUCUACAUUCUAAAAUACACAAUAACGCUCUUCGAAGUGGCUACUACGCGGCACCUGCACCCGCACCACCCUCUGACUACGAUGACGUUAACUACUACAAUAUCGACUCUGACCCACCCGUAUUCGUCAAACCCGGAUACGGUCACGACUCAGGCUACGGACUUGUGACAAACCCACCUCCAAACCCUUACUACGGAAGUUACUAUACGACUGAACCACCACCACCUCCACCUCCACCUCAACCACCAUAUUGCGGAGGCUACAGCUGCUACAAUCCACCUUUGACGACCUACAAUCCUUACGGACAGGACACGCGACGACCCGCCAACCGACGUACGACCCUUAAACAUGUACUUACUAACAAGAUCAUUACCUCCGACUACGACAACGACCAACUUCUAAAUCGACAAACGACCAGACGACCUCAAUCACAAACUCAAAACGUUUUCCAAAGACCUGGACUACUAGUAAUAAAUAAUGUUAGACCAAACGACAAACCUAUCUUUCUAUCGCCAUCUCCUUCCACACCUGUACUACCUUCAUCUAGUCUGAACUCUAAUGUCUUUCUUCAAAGCUCUAAAAAUCCUUCCCCUUCAGCUGCCUCUCAGUCUGUCUUUUCCGUCGACCCUCGACCUCAAUACUCUUCCUCCCGACCUAUCGCUCACCAACCAUCAUCUGUACCUUCGCCUAUAUUCUCUCAGAAAAAUACUAGUAACCGAAAACCACAGAAACAACUCUUUGCAACGGACCAUACAGACCAACUACCUUCCCGUAUUCUUCCACCUCUUCUUAUACAAGACUAUGACUACGACAUACCGGACGCCAACCGACAUGAUACGUUAAACGUCCACGAACAUGACGGUUACCUUCGACCGGAACAGAACAAAUACGAACCGUUAAAGAAGACCAACGACCAGUGGACAUACCGAAACUACAGUUACUACAAUGCCCGUGAGACUGGUGUUAUUGACGGUUACAAAAUAUUACCAACGACUAACGCGACACUUUGGUCACGCACGGAUCCGGAACGACGACGAUACGCCGAACGGUAUCAACAGCCACUGAAAGUAGACGACGACGACUUGGACCAAUACGUUGGACCAUACAUUGACCGGGACAAAACAGCGCACAACCAUGACGAACCGGACGAUACAGACCAACACGCAGACGUUGAAGUGACGGACAACAUUGACCUAACCGAAACGGAGACCGGAACGAACAAAACUGAAUCGACAGACUUCAAAACGAAGGUCGAAACUGCCAACGAGAAAAACCAAGACAGGACUAAGCAGAAAGAUCAACACAUUCUACUGAAGGACUAUCUCAAACCAGACAAACCCGAUGAAAUACGUAUAAACGGACAUUUACGAGACAAAUUUGACAACCACAAUAUCGACAAUCCACUUUUUGAAAACCUAACGAACUCAAAGAAUACGCUAGACAAGUCUGACUCAAACGAAAUACAUACUAUAAAUGAAACUUACAAUGACGAUCAACUAAAUCACAUCAAUGACCAGACGUCAUUACCUACCGAGAACGAAACAUCUAAAGACUCAAAUGACAAGACUCAGAACUCAUUAUACGACGACCAAACGCUUGAAUCGACUGAAGAUAGUCAUGAACAUGACGACAAUGACCACCGUACAAACGAUACGAUUCACAAGACGACAUUGGACCUCAUAGACUCCCAUGACCAUAACUUGUCAACGGAACUGGAAGCAAAGACAAACUCUGGACAAGCCUCACAAGACCAUCACCAGCUGAACCUUGACAGGACAGUCCAAGGUGACUCCAAGUUGACCGACAGACGUAAACUGACAAAACCAACGCACGGACAAACAUACUAUGACGAAUACGACCAAGAAACUGAACCAGACGACAUUCUACCAGAACUAGAUCAGACUGAUGUGUACCUGAAGGACUCUGACUCUAUCGAUCCCCUGACCUUACUGAACAUCCAUGACGCUCACGCCCGAACGCCCGACCGAGUAGACGCUAUAGAAUCGAUACUACCUGUAGACGAGACUGAGACCAUCAACGACCUGUCGAAACCACCUUUACUAACUGACCCAACGAGACGACCGGACAAGACACCCCAUCGACCUCAACGACCUGAUCGACGCACGACAAGCAACCCCAGAAGACGUCGACCGACUUCGAACUCGAAACGACCGACGACAACUGGGACCACUCACGGACAUGGACACCACAAUGACCGACGACAACCGGGAAUUGCGCUGGUUCCCUUUGUCCUGCUAACUAGUAUCGAAAGACCGGACAACUGGGUGAUGUUCAACGUGGCCAAGUCAAAAAAGCGAAAUCCACUGCCGGAUGUUCCGCAGCUGAAAAGCGAUGCGUUCUCGCUGAGCGAGCUACCGAAACCGAUCAGUGCGGAAGACUGAUGCGGAUCAUUAUGUUGUCUUCUUUUGUAAU